AUGGCGAUCUUCGCUGUUUAUGUUGUGAAUAGAGCUGGUGGAUUAAUUUAUCAAAUGGACCACACAUCAGCUAAAACAGAAGUAGAAAAAACCUUCAGCUAUCCUCUGGAACUUGUUCUUAAGAUCGUAGAUGAAAGAGUGGUUGUAUCCUUUGGACAACGUGACGGCAUCAAAGUUGGUCAUACACUACUGGCAAUCAAUGGUGAGACAGUGACUGGUAGAGGAUUAGAAGAUGGCCGUGACGUAUUAGAUGUCAUCGCUGAUUCAGAAAAUUAUCCAAUUGCCAUCAAGUUUGGAAGACCUAAAUUAUCCUCAAAUGAGCGAAUCAUGUUGGCCAGUAUGUUUCAUUCAUUAUUUGUAAUUAGCUGCCAGCUAUCACCGGAUGUCAGGUCUUCAGGUAUUGAAGUGUUGGAAGUAGAUACAUUUAAAUUACAUUGUUUUCAAACACUCACUGGUAUAAAAUUUAUAGUUUUAACAGAUCCAAGACAAGGCGGAGUGGAAAGUUUACUAAAAAAGAUUUAUGAAAUUUAUUCUGAUUUUGCUUUGAAGAAUCCAUUUUAUUCAUUGGACAUGCCAAUUAGAUGUGAACUGUUUGAAAGUAAUAUAUUAUCUGCGUUAGAACAGUCUGAACGUGCGGGGAUGUAUACAGCCAGUGUAUAGACUCAGUAUUGACAUGUGUAGACUUAGUAUUGAUAUUGGAAAAAUAAAUUAUUGUAUGAGAUAAGAAUAUGCAAAUUUGAUACAUUUGUACGGUGGUAUGCAUUAAAGAUCACAUGACCUCGCGAGUUCCCUGCAUGCAUUAAUCAAACUUAUUUCAACCAAUGGCAUCGAAGAAUAUAGAGAACACAUGGAAAGGUUUGAUUGUGAUAGCAGAAGUGAAUGAGAUUAUCAGCGUAUUCCAAAAGCUUGUAAAACAUACGUUGCGAAUAUGCAAAGGCACUAGAAAAAAUGAUCAAGACAAACAUUCACAUUACUCAUCUACAUAAUAUUUCUAGAAAUGUAAGCUUGCGAUUUUCUGAACAAUUCUCAUGACUUUAUAUUUUCAUAUUCAUAUCACACCAGUUGCGUACCCUCAUUUCUGAAUUCUUAAUAUAAAUAUUAUGUAUUAUUUCAAAGCCAUUUCAAAAUAUACAUCAAUUUUUAAACUGUAUGCAUUAAAGGAUGCUUUAAUGUGAGUGGGCAAAUAUGGCCGCUGUGGACCAAUUAUCAUCAGAAUUCAUGUAGUCAAUCAGUGUCAGCAAAAUGAAUAAAAUUACUUAAAUCUGGACUCGCAUGUGUUUGGAGACAUCUUCCUGGUAAAAUUGACUUGUAUACAUAUUCCUACAAUAUUGAUCUGUAUCAGUAUAUUUUCUGUUACAUCGAGAAAGUCUCUAAUUUGACUGAUUCUAUUAACAGACACUUAGAUGUUACUUUGUUGGUCAUAAUUUAAUAUUUUACACCUUGUCUCUAUUACUGGCAAAUUUAAUAUCAGUAGAGUUCACCAAAAUCAGCAUCAUCAAGCACUUUUUUGAAAAAUAUCAGUAAGGCACUCUGUUUCGUGUGUACAUACUUUGUUUGAAGCUGAAUAAAUAUAUAUAUAUAUAAACCCUGAUACACAAA